AUGGCCUCGGAAGCUACGCCACUUCGCAAGGGUCGCGUCGUCAUCGAUGGUGAGGUUUUCAAGCUGGAUGGGAAGGAGAUCGUGCUGAUGGGCGGCAACUACGUUUUCAAGGCCCAACCAUGGUUCCCGCCCCUGCAGGUCGUUGAAGCCGAUGCCAAGUCCAUGGCCCAGGGUGCUUCCGAGAUGGCCUACACACCGCCACCUGCUGCGGAUGGCUCCCCUCGAGCCGUGGUGCCCUGCGUCCGCCUCGGGGUCGUCGUGGCCGCGGCCUUUCCGAAGAACGGCGCGGCGAUCGAUCCGACAUGGGCAGCUGCGCUGGAUGCGACGGUCGGCGCGUUUGCCAGAGCCGGUGUGCACGUUUUCUUCGACUUGCACCAAGAUGCCGGCGCGACCACGAAUGGCGGAGAAGGGCUCCCCUGGUGGGUCACCGCUGAUCUGCAGGAGCGCGCCGGCUGCUGCUUGGAGCAGUGCUGUUGCUGCUGCUGCUUCUCGAGCAGCUGCUGGUCCUCUUGCUGCCCGGAGAGCUGCCUCACCUCCUACAUCACCACGCCCUCGCACCCCCUCCGGCCCUGCUGCCUCCCGAACUGCAUCAUGCAACGCUUUGGCCUGGAGAUCACCACUUACGAUGGUGACCCAGAUCCCUGGCUCCCUUUCUCCGUCGACGACAAGGGGGCGAAUCCGGACUUCAUGAACGCGGGCAACGCGAGCAUGCGGCAAAACAACGCCGACGGAACCUGGAGUAGGCUCAUCACCAGCCAACAGCUGCAGAAUGUCAUGCCCCGGAUCUACGCGUCCCCGGAGAACGGUGACCGAGCCUUGUUCUUCGAGCCUUACAUGAUGUUGGUACGACAUCUCUGUGGAGUUUGGGAGAAGUAUGAAAACGUCAUUGCGGUGGAGCUGAUGAAUGAGCCUCCCUUGGGUGGGCUACCCAACCUCUGCAGCACCGCUACGAUCUGGAGGCAGAUCCUUAGCUUUCAAGGCCACGUGUUGGCCGAACUCAGCAAAGAUCCCCGCAUCAAGACGCCCAUAGCCAUCGACAACUUUGCCAGCACAGUUCCUGGCGAGUCCUGGGCAAUUUCCCUGCUGGCUUGCGCGG